UCGACUUCGCUUCGUUAUAUCCAGUCCAGGCUCUGUUCGAGAGUUCGAAAUUGAACGGCGCUUGUUUCAUGGUUUUCAUGCUUUUUCUAGUAUAGUGGAGCUCAUCAUCUAUGCGAACUAAUGGUGCUUUCUACGCGCUCCAGUACUUGAUAUAUCUGGUGCCGAGGCCGACAUCACUGUGUUUUCAGUCAGCAUGGCCACCCCGAAAGAGAGGGCACUGUCGUCCAAAUGCCUGGUGGUGUUGCUGCAGUCCCUCGUCGGCAUGGAAACCACUGUGGAACUGCGCAACGAGUGCAUUGUUCAGGGAAAGAUCGAGAAUGUUGACUGUUACAUGAACGUGGACAUGACAGACGCCCGUCUGACGGCGCCCAACAGCGAGGAAGGCCACCAGAUGGAGCAGUUUUUUGUGCAGGGACAGCAGAUCCGAUACGUACACAUUCCGGACGAAGUGGACGUCGGAGCCACCAUCGCCAAGGGGCUCUCCAGGCUCGUAAGGGAGGAACCCAAGAAGGUUACCACCAGGAGGCGGCCAAUGCCAAGGUCGAAGAGCACUAAAUCACGAGAGAGGGAGCGUUCUUUGCAGAAACUAAAAAGUUAAUUUUGGUGA